UUUCCUGAUGAUAUGCACAAUGCACAAUGUCUAGCUUGCAAGCUUCUAUGUCGACUAGUAUGCCUCAAAUCCUCUUGAGCAAAGGAUCCCUUGCACUUCUCUUGACUUCGAUCUCCUUCAGUCUUCUGGUCAACAUAUAUGUGGGAUUGGAACUCGGGUUGCGUUGGGCAUCUGCGUCAGGUCCGCAGGACGUCCUGACUCCCGACGAAAUUCCAUUCCCCGUCAUGGUUCCAGAAGCUGUUCUCAAAACUGCACCAUCUCUUAAUUAUCCAGUGUCCUCAGACGGGGAUCGGAAUUGGACGACCCUGGUACCACCACUCUCCUCCGGCUUCAUCUACCAUCCACGCACCCAACAAUUUUAUUCGGUCUCCCUGUAUCAUCAACUGCACUGUCUGAACGCUCUGAGAAAAUAUAUCAGUCGAGGACCUGAGCUUCGCCUAGAUGAUGAAGUGGUCACCCAUACUGGUCACUGUCUCGAUUAUCUCCGUGAAGCUCUUCUCUGUCAUAGCGAUACUACCCUCGAACCGGUACACGAUAUUAUCGUCCCCCCAGAUGAUCGAAAGAAUACAUCCCAACAUACUGAUAAGGUUGCCCAAGGAUGGAAUGUCUUGCAUCGCUGUAAGGAUUGGGCGGUUGUUCGCAGGUAUUUGGAAGAUAACUGGAGAUCUUGGCCACCGGAACAUCGUGAUUCCAAGUAGUCUGUCUUUUCUUGUAACUCAAUGCUGA